AUGCAUCUUCGCACGCGCCGCGUUACUAAUGAGCCGUCCGAUCGGAAUAGUCCGCCGGCCAGCGGUCCGCGUCGGUCAAAACGCCUCGAAAAGCGAGGCAUUGUUGUUCGAGUCCGCAGCAAAAAGCCCGAUGUCAAAACGGAUCCUCGGACAAUGAGUCUGUCGGACUCUGCAACCAGCAAUAAGAGGCGCAAUCCAAAACGCAAAGCCGCCGCCCCGCCCCAGAGCCAUGCGCUCCCUGACAACCUGCUGGAGGAGGCCUUGAAGCCCCUCACUCCUGACGACAUUGAGGACUGGGACGGGUGGAUUGAGCUGGAAUCUGAACCAGCAUUUUUUAACAUAAUUUUGAGAGACCUUGGGAUCAAGGACGUCAAGGUGCAGGAGCUGUUUACUUUAGACCAAGAAUCGUUGGAUAUUCUACCGAAACCUGUAUACGGCCUCAUUUUUCUAUUUCAGUAUGCGCCGUCCCUUGACGAUGAUCAAGGAGAGACUGAGAGCGGGCCGGUGUGGUUCGCAAAUCAGACCACUUCCAACGCAUGUGCCACUGUCGCGCUGCUCAACAUCGUCAUGAAUCACGCGGAUAUCGACCUCGGAAGCGAACUCAAAGCAUUCAAGGCAGCCACUGCCGAGAUGAGCACCGCAGUGCGAGGCUAUAAGUUGGGCAGCAACAGAUUCAUUCGAAAAACGCACAAUUCUUUUGCGCGUCGUAUGGACUGCCUGAAUGCAGACUUGUUCUUAGAAAAUGAGGCAUUCGAUGCCAAGCCGCGCAAACGCGCAUCAGCGUCUCGCAGCACGUCUCGCAAAAAAAAACCCAAGAAGCGCAACAGCAGCGACUAUGGAUACCACUUUAUUGCCUAUGUCCCGUCUGGAGGGUACGUCUGGGAGCUGGACGGGUUACGCGGCAAGCCUCGAAAGCUCGGCAGCCUCGACUGCAACUGCUGGACGACUGUGGCUCGACCGCAGAUCAAAGCUCGUAUGCUGCAGUAUGAAGAAAGUCAGCUGUCAUUCAACCUGCUCUCUCUUUGCCAGAGUCCCAUUCGGAAAUACAGGAAAUCCGUGCUCAGCGCGGUGACGGCUGUGCAUUUCUUGGAUACCCAGAUGAAGAUUCAGCACGGAGAUGCUUAUACUACGCUCAUUUUAAAUAACGGCAUGCAGCUCGAUAUUCACGAUACUACGCUACUGGCGAAUUAUAAUAUAAAGCUAGACGACAUCACAGGAGAACCAGUCCCCAGCCUUCUUGCAUCAAGAGUGAGCGAGGGUAAUCUCAGUGCCAGCGACGCAGCAAGUCUCAGGUAUGAGCUCGUCAUCGAAGCGCGCGCUGCCAUGGGAGAGUACCGCGGCGAGGCCUCGGCCGCCAUGGAGGACGAGGAGCGCGUAACGGCGCGGAAAAAGGACUACGGGAGCGCGCUACAUAAAUGGAUAUCGAAAUUAGCAGAAAAGGAUAUCCUGGAAGACAUAAUAAAGCUGUCGUCGUAG